GAUGGCGAACGUCAAGGCAGCAGGAGCUAACGUUAGCGCUCCACCAAGAAAAAAAAACACUUUAGAAAGUUCUGAUGACGAAACAGACAUUGAGAUGAAGCGACAAUAUGAAAAAGCAAAAAGACAAAAAAAAGUUGCAAAAGAGAGGAUCCUCACUCAGUUGAAGGAUACACUGAGGAAACCACUCCACUCCACUCCAUGCAGAACCAAUCCAUUACAUAGUGAGGAGGAAGUUGAAUCCGAAACGGUGGACACAAACGUGGAUCUGUUCAAUUACCCAGGGAAUUCUCAACCAACCAAACAAAAAAAGGUUGCAAAUGAGAGGGUCCUCACUCAGCUGAAGCAUACACUGAGGAAACCACUCCACUCUGAUCCACGCAGAACCAAUCCGUUACAUAGUGAGGAGGAAGUUCAAGCCGAAACCGUGGACACAAAUGUGGAUUUGUUCGAUUACCCAGAGAAUUUUCAACCAACCGAUACCUUAGAUGCUGCUGAGGCAAGUGGAGAGAGCGUGGAACAGCCAUUAUUUGUCAGUGGUGAAGUGUUGAAAGCUUUGAAAGAAAUUCCCACCUUAGUGCAGUGUGUAAAGGAACUAAUAUCCUCAAUGAACAGAGGGAUCGAUACAGCAAGCACAAGCUCAGGGUCCUCCAGCUCAGCCCAAGAGAUGAUUUCUCUGGGCAACAUGGCUGUCCAAGUCAACAAAACCUGCUUUAGGAGAUUGAAUAGGAGCAGAAUGUCCCUGUUCACUCAAGAGUUAGCUGUUUUGUUGUUUGGGAGGGAGGUUCUGGGUUCAUCUAGCCUCACUGGGAAUAGGUCCCAAAAAGAACGGCUGAACCCAGAAAAAAUGAAUGCACUUAUUGACACUGUUAUAUCCGAGUUUCCGGGCACGUCACAGUCCGAGGUUAGAGCCGUAAUACGGCGAAAGUGCAAUAACGAAAGUUUUGUUUCAAAAAAAAAAACACUGUAAAGGUAAUUUUUUGUUGUUGUUGGGAAAGGAAUGUGAAA